AUGCCGAGUUCAAUGGUGAAUGGAAUGAAGGGCGAUAUCGACGAUAAUAUCUCAUGUACUGCAAUUCAUCCAAACUCACAUUCCACAAUGACUUCUGUUCAGUCUUUGGAUUCUGCUGAAUCUUUUCCUACUGCAAUUCUCAUCAAAAGUGCCAAGAUUAAUACUGUUCCCACUACUACUGGCCUUGGUUCUACUGCUGCUCUUUCUAGCCGAAUAGUUGAACCAUUCACUCAUAUCAUUCGCAGCAUUACACACUUUAAUUUAUUUUCAUUUCUUCCUAAUUCUGCUGCCUGUGCUGCCGGAAACGUUAUUUCCCCUAUUUCCAAUGUUGUCUACGAUGUAUCCAGCCAUUACAUCAAGAAUGUAAUAUGGUUUUUGGCUGGAAACAGAAACAGACGUCACUACUAUAAAUACUUGAUGAAAAUAGCAAACUCCUAUGAACAGUGGGCUGCAGCUGGAUUCAUGUUGGAUAGAUGGGAAGAUAAUGAUAUUUGGAAAAUACACGAAGAGUCUCCGUAUUAUGAUUACAGAAUUGUUCGAGAUCGACUCAACAGACUACGUGAACAUAGAGUCGAUGAUGGGCUAAAAAAUUUGAUGCAACAUAUUCGUUCAACUCUAACACGAAGUCUAGGAAAUUUUGGAAAUCCUCAUUUAUACGAGCAGACUCACGUGGGUACAAAGCUACUAAUAGAAGACUAUAUAGAUGAAGUGACCAAGCAACUCAAUUUCGUAUGUGACACUUAUGACAAAAAUAUAAACGAUUAUCGAAAAAUGGAGUACUUUCUUGAGCUACAAAAGGCUUUUGGUCGCACUGCUCUGCUUCUCAGUGGAGGCGGGGCAUUUGGAUUAAUUCAUAUUGGUACCAUCAAAGCAAUGUUUGAAAUGAGAAUGCUCCCAAAGAUCAUUUCUGGAUCGUCCUGUGGUGCAAUUGUUGCAGCAGCCACUUGCAUUCAUAUUGAUAGCGAACUUCCCAUUGUUUUAAACCCAGAGUUGCUAAAUCUGGAUGUGUUUGAGGUCCCAAGAGAACGUGGUAAAGCACUUUUUCGGAUUGUGCGCUUGCUUGAACAUGGAGUGGUAUUUGAUGUUGAAGUAUUUACAAACUCGAUGAGGCAAAAUUUGGGUGAAAUUACAUUCCAGGAAGCAUUUAAUCGCACGCGACGCAUCCUUAAUAUUACUGUUAGCUCUUCUACAAACUACGAAAUGCCAAGGUUACUCAACUAUCUAACAUCUCCCAAUGUGCUUAUCUGGUCUGCAGUAGUUGCGUCUUGUGCUGUGCCGUUUGUAUAUCGCUCUGCACCACUUAUGGCUAAAGAUGCAAAUGGUAUGACUGUUACCUGGAACCCGUCUGGUCAUUGCUGGAUCGAUGGAUCAGUAGAAAGAAUCAUAUUGGUUUAUGUGAUCAAGUUAAAUCCACAUGUUAUGCCAUUUAUGGACUGGACAAAUCGCGCACCUACCAGAUUUUCAUCGUUUGUAAUACAAACCGGAUACUUGGCUCAAAGGGAGAUUCAGCACCGGCUUAUGCAGUUGGAUGAUCUUGGUAUUCAAAACAGUUAUCUUUCACGGAUAAAAUCUAUUAUUUGUCAGAAAUACUGGGGCGAUAUUACAAUUGUACCAUAUGUGCCAUGGACAAAAUACCCUCAAGUGCUAUCUAACCCAACUGUUCAAAUUAUCACAGACUAUAUGAUUGAUGGCGAGCGUGCUACAUGGAAAAGAAUUGGAAUCAUACGAAAUCAUCUUGAAAUUGAACUGUGUCUUAACCAAAACAUUUUGACACUAAAACAGCGACUAUUUAAUGCAGAGCAUAAUCUAGAAAAAAAGAAGGAAUAUGAAGACCGAUCAUUGGAGUCAUCCCACAUAAAUCUUGAUACUGUGAUACCGUUUCGACACAGCAACACAAUGUCAUCCAUUGAUGAUAUACAAUAUCCCAUACUCAAAUCGUCCCACGCAUCUCAGUAUCUGUCUGAUAAAGCACUGCACGUUGGACCUGUAUCUGACCGAGUUAGUGUAGCAAAACCCAUUCGACAGUCACAUAUGAUUGAAGCCUCUAUCCGCAGAAAUGUAAAAUCGUCUUCUGAUGUACGCAAAAUGAAGUCAUUUAAUUGA